AUGUUAAGAACACAAUCUAGAUAUUUACUAAGAUCUAUUGCAUCAAGCACUGUUCGUGCUUCAUCUACUACUCGUGUUGCUUUGCCAUCACUUUAUAGACAAUCUGUCAAAUUUUAUUCUACUAAAGACAAUAAUAAUGCCACCGACAAGAAACAACAAGAAGAAGCUACAAAAUCUAUAUUGAACGAUGAAAUGUUGGCUAGAGCAGGUUUUGAAGAUGUUGAUCCUAAAGAAAAAUCCAGCAGUGCUGAAGGUGAAGAUGCUGCAACUUCUGAUAAAAGAUCUGAACGUAAAAGAAAGAGAGCUCAAACUUCUAAAGAUUUACAACGUGAAAAAUAUGCCAACUUCUUUUAUUUGAGUACUUUUGCCCUUGGAUUGGGUGGACUUGCAUACAUGAGUAGAGAUUGGGAUUCUGAAAAGGAACAAGAAGACAUGGAUGGUAAAAACAUUGAAAAUGGUUAUACUCCAAAAUUGAUGUAUGAUAGAAUGAGUAAAAGAUUGGCUUCUUUAUUUACAUUCUUUUCAGAACCAGCCUUUGAAAACUUGUUGCCACCUCCACCUCCAGAACAAUACCGUCGUCCAUUAACUUUGGUUUUAACUUUAGAUGAUUUGUUGAUUCAUUCCAACUGGGAUACUCAACAUGGUUGGAGAACUGGUAAGAGACCAGGAUUGGAUUAUUUCUUGGGUUAUUUGUCUCAAUAUUAUGAAAUUGUUGUUUUUUCAAGUAACCUGCAAAUUUACUCCGAUAAGACCGUCAACAAAUUGGAUCCAUACCAUGCUUAUAUUUCCUAUGCCUUGUUUAGAGAAGCUUGUCGUUACAAAGAUGGUAAAUUGAUUAAAGAUUUGUCCUUGUUGAACCGUGAUUUGGGUAAAACUGUUAUGAUUGAUGUUGAUGAAGAUUCUGCUUCAUUACAACCAGAAAACUCUAUUAUUGUUAAGAAAUGGGAAGGUCAACCGGAUGAUUACUUGGUUAGAUUAAUUCCAUUUUUGGAAUACUUGGCCACUCAACCAGUUAAAGAUGUUAGACCAAUUUUGAAUUCUUUCCAAGAUAAAUCCAACAUUGUUAGUGAAUUUGAAGUUCGUGAAGCUAGAUUAAGAGAACAAUGGAAGAAAGAUCACGGACGUGGUGGACAACCAAAUGCUGGUAACUUCCUUGCUAAAUUGAUGGGUAUGCCAACUUCUGAACCAAAGAUGCCAUUGGACAUCAUUAGAGAACAUGGACAAAUGCAAUAUGAACAUUUCCAAAAAUACUUGCAAGAAAAUGCUCAUAAAUUCAUGGAAGAAGAACAAAAAAUGAAGGAAGAAUUUGGUAAAGUUACUUUGAACAAAUUGAUCACCGAAGGUGCACCAAACCCUGAAGAAAUUGCCAAAAUUCAACAACAAAGAGCAUUAGAAGAAGCUCAAAAACAAAAAGAAGGUCAAAAUCAAGAUCUGUUUUAA